CUCCAACGCAACCCUUCUGGUCAUUAUUGUUUUCUCCGUCCGUCUCCGGUCAGAACACUGAAGAGAUGGUGAGAGAUUCCAACGAGAAGAAGAAGACCAAUUUAAUUACUCCUGAGAAGAUCCCUGAAUUCUUCAAGAUUUAUCUCCCUGACCACAGCUCUCAAAAAAUGAAGAUACCGCCAGGUUUUAUCAACCACUUCAAUGGUUUGAUACCCAACAAGGCCAUCCUAAGAAGCCGUAAUGGGAGAGUUUGGCAUGUGGAACUGGAACAAGUUGACAACAAUUUGUUUUUUCAGAAUGGGUGGAAGGGGUUCGUGAAAGAUCAGUCUUUGAAACUUGGAGAGUUUUUAGUUUUCAAAUAUGAUGGCAAUUCAGUGUUCAAUGUUAAAAUUUUUGGUACAAAUGGAUGUGAGAAGCAGGAAACAUUGGCUUAUAACAACAACUAUGACCAGGAAGCUCCGCAUCUAAAGAAGGAAGAACAACCAGAAGCAGAGGGAAUCAUAAACAACUGCACCCCUUUCAUUCAAAAUUUUCCUGAAUUAAGUGGCAAGAGAAUCAGAAGAAGACCAAAAUAUGGAUCUCCUCGUUCAAAGGUGGUAGAAGCGCUGACGCUUAAAGCAGCUGGCUUGGGUAGACUGAAGAAUCCAUAUUUUGUGGCUUCAUUUGUGCCAGAAAGGCCGUAUGAUUUGUUUAUUCCAAGAACACUGAUAGCUAAACAUCAUCUCAAAAUAGUUCCUGAAAUGACCAUGUGCGAUCCAAGUGGAAAGCAUUGGCGUGUGAAAACGAGUCGAUGGAAGGAUGGUCGCGUAUCUUUGGCUAAAGGGUGGUCAGCUCUCUGCAAAGAACACAACCUGGGAAUAGAUGAUAAAUGCAUUUUUGAAUUUAUUAAAGGAAGAGACAGAAAGAUUGGUGGUAUUGUUAAGAUACACUUUGUUUGGGCAGGGGCAGGAACUUCAAUGCCAAACACCAAAGUGAAACGGGAUGCUUAUACAGCCCUGAAAAAUUCUGAAAUUCUUAUUGACUGA